AUGAGUGGAAGGAACUCCACCAGUGUGCCUGGCUUCAUCCUCAUGGGGCUGAUGGGCUCUUCAGAGACACAGCUGGUCCUCUCCGUGCUCUUCCUCCUGAUUUACCUGAUCACGGUGCUGGGGAACGUGGGGAUGAUACUGAUCAUUCGUCUGGAUCCCCAGCUGCACACCCCCAUGUACUUUUUUCUCACUCACCUGUCAUUUCUCGACCUCAGCUACUCAAGUGUCUUCACCCCUAAAACUGUACAAAAUGUACUGACUUCCACCAAGAGAAUCUCCUUCUUGGGCUGCUUCACCCAGAUGUUCUUUUUUAUAGUUUUCAUUGCUGCUGAAUGUUACCUUCUCUCUUCCAUGGCUUAUGAUCGCUAUUUAGCUAUCUGCAGGCCCCUGCACUAUCCAGUCAUUAUGUCCACAAGACUGUGCCAUGCCCUGAUUGCAGUCUGUUAUAUUAUUGCUUGUUUAGAUUCCACUGCCAUUGUGCUUUGUAUAAGCAGACUGCACUUCUGCGACUCUAAUGUCAUCCAGCACUUCUUCUGUGACUCAUCCCCAAUCUUAGCCCUGUCCUGCACUGACACAUUUGAGGUUGAACUCACUUUAUUCAUUUGUGCUGGAUCCACUACAGUUCUGUCCCUCAGCACCAUAUCUGGAUCCUAUCUGUCCAUCCUCUCCACUAUCCUGAAAAUCAAUUCUGCUGCCGGAAAGAGAAAAGCCCUCUCCACCUGUGCCUCCCACCUCCUGGGAGUCACCAUCUUCUACAGCACUUCGAUCUUUGCUUAUCUAAAACCAAAGACGUCCUACUCCUCGGGAAAGGAUCAGGUGGCUUCUGUGUUUUACACGGUUGUGGUCCCGAUGCUGAACCCUCUCAUCUACAGUCUCAGAAACAAAGAGGUCAAAAAUGCUAUUGUGAGAAUCCUGCAGAAGAGAGAGGGCUGCAGGCAGUUAAAAUAUUAG